UUUGGCCAGGCAAAAAAAAAAAAGGAGAAAAAAAAAAAGCGACGCCUGAGAGCGACGCUUGCAGCUGAUAUACCGCUGGCUCAAAAAUGGAGAGUGAGACCACUGUCAGGAGAAUAAAACCCUUCGGGACACAGAAUUAUGUAGCUCAAGAUAACGACGGUUCCCGGGACCGGUGCGGGAACAACGGCUACAACGGUGACCCGAAGAGGAAGCCCGAAGUGAGCCUGUACUUGCUGCGGGAAGGGCUGGCAGCUUCCCUGGUCUCUGUGUUUAUUUUGGUGCUGUGGGGACUUGUUCAUUUAUCGCUACAGCAGCUCGUUGUUGGGAAGCUGACCGGCGAGUUCAACGCAGUGAGAGCUAGACGGCACUUGGAGCAGAUCACCAGCGUCGGCGCUCGGCCAGUGGGCAGCCCGGAGAAUGAAGUCCUGACAGUGGGCUACCUGUUGGAGCAGAUUGAGAAAAUCCGUGUUGAGACCGCAGCGGGCCCCCAUCAGCUCACGGUGGAUGUGCAGCGUCCCACCGGCUCUUUUUCCAUUGACUUUCUUGGAGGCUUCACCAGCUUCUAUGACCGUGUCACCAACAUUGCUGUGAGGCUGGAGCCUAAGGGCGGUACGCAGCAUCUCAUGCUAGCCAACUGCCACUUUGACACAGUGGCCAACAGUCCAGGUGCCAGUGAUGAUGCAGUGAGCUGUGCAGUGAUGCUGGAAGUCCUCCAUUCUCUGGCCAACCAGUCUACUCCUUUUCCUUAUGGAGUUAUCUUCCUCUUUAAUGGGGCAGAAGAAAAUAUCUUGCAGGCUAGUCACGGUUUCAUUACUCAGCAUCCCUGGGCCAAGCAGGUGCGAGCCUUCAUUAACUUGGAGGCUGCAGGUGUUGGGGGCAAGGAGGUUGUUUUUCAGACAGGUCCAGAAAACCCGUGGCUGGUCCAGGCCUAUGUUCAAGCUGCCAAACACCCCUUUGCCUCUGUGGUCGGCCAGGAGGUCUUUCAGAGUGGCAUCAUCCCCUCUGACACUGACUUCCGCAUCUACAGGGACUUUGGUAACAUCCCAGGAAUUGAUCUGGCUUUCAUUGAAAACGGUUUCAUCUACCAUACCAAGUACGACACUGCUGACAGGAUCCUGACAGACUCAAUACAGAGAGCUGGCGACAACAUCCUGGCGGUCUUGAAGUACCUGUUAAAGUCAGAGAAGUUGGCAGAUUCCUCAGAGUAUCGUCAUGGCAACAUGGUAUUUUUUGACCUGUUAGGGGUAGUUGUGGUGGCUUACCCAGCCCGCGUUGGCACCAUCCUCAACUACAUGGUCGCCACAGCCACCUUCCUUUAUCUGGCCAAGAAGGCCUCGCUGCCAGGCAAUGGAGGUGGUCGCUAUGUUCGAGAUCUGGCCUGCGCCACAGGUGUAGCAGUCAUGAGCUGGAUUGUCACGCUGCUGUCAGUGCUGAUUGUAGCUCUGCUCGUCACUCUGCUCGGCCGCUCCAUGUUUUGGUACAACCACUUCUACGCCGCCAUAUGCCUGUAUGGGACUGCUGCUACGGGCAAGAUGAUCCUCGUUCACACGCUGGCCAAGAACUUGUACUUCGGGGGCGUCCGGUUGGUGGAGCUGGGUGAUCUCUAUUUUGACGUGAGCUUGUUGCUGUGGUGCUGCAGCCUGGUGUGGCUGACCCAUCAGGGCCUAUGUUCAGCCUACGUGCCCAUGCUAAUGGUGGCCUUCCCCCUGGCCACCAAACUACUGCUGGCGAAAGAAUUUAAACAUAGAGGAGCAUCGGUGAAGUACAGUGUGCUCUAUCUGUUGGGCCUGGCGUUGCCGUAUGUCCACUUUAUGUUCCUCAUCUGGGUGGUGUUUGAGAUUUUCACACCCAUCAUGGGUCGCAGCGGCACAGAGAUACCCCCUGAGGUGGUCCUGGCCUCCCUGGUAACUCUGGCAACCAUCUUCCUCUCCUCCUUUUUUCUGCACUUCAUCUACUUGGUGCGCAGCACUAAGUGGAUUCUGGCUGGUCUUGGCUCAGUCUUCAUCGUUGUGUUCCUGUUGAUGUCCUGUGGCCUCCUCUUUCCUUACUCAGACAGUCCAGACAGCCCACGGCCAAAACGAGUCUUCCUACAGCAUACGACACGGACCUUCCACAAUCUCCAGGGCCAGGUGGAGAGCCAGGACUCAGGUCUGUGGAUCAACAGUUUUGACUACACAGGCAUACAGCACAUCACACCCCACGUCCCUGAGAUCAAUGACAGCGUCCGCACCCACUGCCGUGAGGACCGACCAUUCUGUGGCUACCCCUGGUUCCUGCCUGUGAAGUUCCUCAGCAAGAAGAACUGGUACCUUCCUGCUCCAGAAGUGUCUCCCAGCUCUCCAGUGGAGUUCAGCCUGCUGUCCAAAGAGGAAACCAGCUGGGGGACGAUCAAGAUGACCUUCAGCGCCAAAGGUCCCAGCCACAUGUCUCUGUACCUGAUGCCUCACCGGGGAGCCAGCCUCUCCACGUGGUCAUUCGGUGACGGGAAGCCUCAGUUCGACCUGAGCGGCGAAUAUUUCAUCUUCUAUUCCCACGGCCUUGACGCCCCCACAUGGACCUUCUGGUUUGAAAUACAGCCUCCAAGGGACCCGGACCCCUCGGGCCCUGAGGGGAUGAUCUCUGUUGCCAUCUCCUCCCACUAUUUCUUUGGGCCAGACCAGAGGACUGCUCAGCUGGAGGAAAUCCUCCGCAGGUUUCCCACUUGGGCUUUUCCCUCGUCUUGGGUCAGCACCUACGACAUGUACCGAUACUGAGGACGCCACACAUCACGGAGGCUGAUGCCGAGUAAGAGUCGAGGGCUGCAGGGGCCCACAAGACAGAGAGACAGAAGAUUGCAAGAAACAAUUCUGAGGACCGUCCCUGCCGCCUUUUCACUCUGACACAAACACACACUCUAACACACACUCACGCUCCUUCCCAGCCUGCCUGAGAGACCUCCAUCACUGUGUCAGUGGGCUUAGUACCUAACGGAGCAGGAAGAGACACGCUGAGACACGCCAGAGGUAAGCUGACUGGAUGGCUUAUGGACUGACUAACUCACCGUCCGACGCACCGGCCACCGCAAGCCUUUGUGCUCACUCCGGGGUUAAUGAAACGAAGGGGUUAAGAUUUUUUUUGUACUCGAUCUGUCGUGCCUUUGCUUUUAGUCCCUCCAUCUCACUCCCCUCCUUACUUUCCCUCUUGCUGACUUCCUCUUGUUUUUUUGUCUCUCAUGCAAACACUCUUCCUGAAUGAAAAAUGUUGCAUGGCUACACCGGACUUUAACUGGAAACUUUGACACUUUGAAAGUCGCUUUUCAUCAACACGCACUUGUUUUUAUUACGAGCAAAUAGUUUUUGUAUUAGCUAAUCAUUUAACAGUGAACUAGCUCAUUAUCAUUCCUCAAUAACACCACUGAUUUGCAGCAAGUCGUACCACUGCGUUUCAAUGAGGAAUUCCAACAAUCUGCUUUAAUUGUCAGAGAAUCUGGCAUGCAGAUGCAGAAAACUGUGCCUGUUUAAUGAAAACAGCUGGCUAAAAUCAAAAUGCCAAGAUGUCCUUUAAAAGGAGCAGCGUUCCUGAAGAUUUUGCACCAAGAGUAUUGUUGAGGUCUUCUCUGAGGUCUUUAUAAGUUUUUGCUCUGAUGUGCUCAAGCAAAUGUGUAAUUUUGGCCUUGAUGAGACCAGAACUCAGAGGGAAACCAGGACUCUACAUGUCCUGUAAAUUAUUCCCUGAGCCUUGAGGGGGACUGGGUGGAAAACCAGCAAUGCAACUUCACGCUCAUUAACAGCAUCAGUGUCCGUCAGCUUGUCUCAUGUGGAAGUGUUGAUUAUUUACAUGUUACUGUGAUUAUAUUUGUUUUUCAAACUUGACUUCUGCUCUGUGCUACGAGCUGUCUCUGGCAGCACCAAUGAAUAUCUUUUUAUAAUGAAAGAAGGUAGAGACGCAACAUUUAAUUGAUUAAUCAAUUAGAUUCAGUGAGUUUAAUCAAAAGACUGCAGCCAGUUUGAUAAUCGAUUAAAUAUUGCAGUUAUUUACAAGCAAAAAUGCCAGAAAUCUUCUGAUUCCAGUUCCUUAAAUGGUCAGAUUUGCUGCUUUUCUUUGUUGUGUAUGAUAGCAAAGGAAAUAUCUACACAGAUGUCAGCUUUUGAUUCCGGGGAAGCUCGGAUGAGCCUUAUUGACAUUUCAUAGUCCAGAGGAUUAAUCAAACUGUGCAUGUUGGCUGUAGAUGGAGUAAAUCAUUUCUUGAUGCAUUUUUCAAUCAAUUUAGCCACUAAACUCACAUCAGAAUAAAAUUGUGUUGCUUCAUUGGAAUCCCCUUAAAAAACCACAUGAGCAAAUCAAUGUAGCAAUAUAGACGUUAUACUUAAACAGUUAAUGCUUUACUUUACGGGUCUGCAAUUUCUGAAUAAUUUCCCGGAAAGAACUGUGCAGUUUGGCAGUGAUCAUCUGGAACACAGAAACUAUGUUCAGUUGGUAUACCUCCAUAAAGUUGCCAGCUGAUCCUGCAAAAACGUUAAAUUAGUCUACAUGCAAGCAUACAGUUCAGCACAUAUGGAGAAUACGGCUUCCAGUGAUAAAUGAAUGAAUAUUUUCAAAACUCUUCUUGAAAAUUAGGUCAUAUUUUCCCUGCAGUUAGAACCAAAUUGCAUAUUUCUUUACAGGAAACUUACUAGGAAGUUAUUUGGAACUAACACACCUGUAAAAAUAAAGCGUCACCAAAAGCAUAUAGAUAGUUUUAGGUGAAAUUAAAUUCUGUUACCCAGUCAAGAAAGAAAUGUAACAAGGUAUGGCUUCUCAGCUAAUUAUCAACGCACUUGUACUACGUUAACCACUUAAUCUGGAUAAUAAUGCAUUGGUGCUGCUUUAGACAGCUUAUAGUGUUAACUGUUGUCCACUCAUUUUCGGGGGGUGUGUGUGUUGCUUCUAUUUCACUCAUGUUGGACCUGCGUCUUUUUGUGUUCAGAGCCCAAGUAUCACAACCACAAUCCAGUUAUUAUAUGACCUGUUUUUAUUGGUAGUGUUGUAGCUGGUUGUCUGUUAGAGCUAGAGAGAAAAAGUUCAAUCCCUGGCUCCUUUCUCACCUUCAGCUGGUGUGAAGAGGGUGUGAAUGUUGGAUUGGUGGUUUUGGAAAGUUAUAAAAAAAAUAAAAUAGAAAAGGGGUGUCUUUUGAAGCUACUUGAACAUCUGACAAGCACUUCUGAGUAUAGUUGGCCCCUUCAGUAUCACCACUACCUCCGCAGGGAUCAUAAUGUAGUCUCUGACACAGAGAUAACAGUUACUAAUGUUCUCGUUAAGACUAGUUUGAAUGUUUUCUAUCUGUUUUCUGCUAACCAAGUGGAAACUUAGAGAUCUAUCUGAAGAGAUGUCUUUCCUGUUUUAGCGUUUUGAUAAAACAAAAUCUGAGUGACCGUCCCAUCCCUGCCUUCGGUCCCAACAAGUGUCACACUGUUGCUUGCUGUUUGACUCCACCGAUAUGUAAUCACUGGUGGAAUCAGGCUUCUAAAGACUUGGGAGAUCGUUCGUUUGCACUCUGAGCAACUGAGCAAAACUGUCUAUUGUCCACUUACACCCGGUGACACGUCGCUGUGAUUCAUGUUGGAUUCAGUGACACAAAACUAAGAAAUGCUGACACGAAGGAGGCCUUAACAUGUUGCUUCCAAAGACACACAAAAUUAUUACUGUUGUGGACACAGACGUCUCAGUGGUCUUAAAGCUAUCGGGUGCUGCACUGUACAGAGUUUAUAUGUUCCUGAACUGUUGUCUGUUGGACAAUUUGAACUUGAAAAUCCUUCACAGCCUUUAACAGCACUUGGCAAGUUGGAAAACACAUUGUCCUGCUGUGAUCCUUUCAUUUAUGCACAAUCUCUCCCCUCAGUAGCUAUUCUGGACCUUUCAGUUUUAGCCAUGGAAACGUAGAUGUACACAUUUUUUCUGACUUCUCAUCCAUGUCGGCUUACGAGUUGAGGUUAAAAGUCAUUAAUAAACAUCACAUUUCUAUCUUUAUUGCGGGGGUAGGCAGCUUUUUAUUGGCAUCAUUGGGCAAAAAUUCUUUAAUAACCUGUUAGUAGAUUUUAAUUUAGGUGGUUUGAGAGAAAACUAGACUUAAGCACCCCCUCUCGGCUCUGUUUUCAGGUUUUAGUCUUAAAUCUAACCUGUGACGGGAGAUUUCAGCCAAUCACAGGUCCAUUUGAUUUUGUGGGUUUGGCCCACACUGCAGCUUUAAUCCAACAUGCACAAGAAGUCUUUAAAGUACUCCAUCUGCUGAGGAAGAUGGUGUGAUACAGUUGAAAGCUCCAGGAGUGCCUCCUGUGGUGAAAUUGUUUUAGUCAAAAAGCCAGACAAUCUUCUCAGCUGACUGCAGUAUGAAGAAAACGUCUGGUCUCAGUGUCCUUUAAAAACAAAACAAAAUAUUAAAUCAGACAUCUGCUGUUAUGAAUUUGACUUGGACUGUAAGACGGAAAGAUGAAAUUAAAUUGAAUUGGCUGGUAACAUUUUUGGUUAACAAUGUAGAGAUUUUAUAUUGCUUAUCAAGGUUGUUUUGUGUUCAUCUAAAAGGACCAUACCCGUGUUUUUUUUUUUUUACAUUUUAGCCGUUUACAACAGUUCAUACAUACUUCACAUAACCCUACUUUCACUUACAACAGUGAAAGCAGGCAUACUGUUCAAAUGCAGGUGAACAGAAACAGCCACCUGCUGGAAGAAUCAGUGUAAAAUAGUUGGCUGGAAUGUAAAUGUGCUAGAACAUUGGGAAAACAACACCAGUAUGGUCCUCUUUUAAUAUAUUUAAUAAUUUAUUCGUCUGAAACAGAUGCUGCUGCGUUGACUCUGUGCUGCUCUACAGCUGUUAUAACAUGUACCACAAACAGAAACACUAACUGACUGAUCAGAUGUUUCUCCUUCACUCUGCACAGCUGGCCAGGUGUGUCCUGCACUGUGAUCAGUCAGCGAGAUCACCUCGCUCGCUCUCUGAGGUUUCAACUCGCCUUGUAUUUAAGUUCUUUAGUCCAUCCGUGGGUAAUCAGUUAACAGGGUUGUUGAUGGAGCAUUUUUAUUUCUGGCUGACUCAGACGUGUCAGAUGAACGUCACUGUUCAGCCUGGUCUGAUUAGCUCAGCAUCACUUGGAAAUCUGAACCAUGAAUGUGCAUUUUUUUUUAUUUUACUGUGGACAGCGAAAAGCGACCCAGGCUUCUGAAAUGUCUAUCUUUUGUCCUUUUGACUUAACAUCUAAUGAUCAGAGAACCUGCAAAUGCUGUAACAUGCUGACAUUAAGAGUUCAGUCAUUGCAGCUGAAGUAAGCCAUGGGUUUGAGGAAACCUACAGUGAACAAACACCCACGGUUUGUUCAACGUUGCGUAGACGUCGGUGCUGUGAGGCGACACGCAGAAGAUCGAAUAUCCGUUUUACUGAAAGUGCUUCAGUCGUGUCUAUGGGAGAAAAAGCUUUAUUAACAAAUGUAAAUUAAUAUUUUUCUAAAAAUCUGUUGUAAAGUGGCAUAGCGGUUUUUGUUAGAGGUUGAAAGAAAGCAGAUGAGUUUAAGAUGUACUCAGCUUGUUUAGAUUUCUGACCAUGAACAGGACACCGGUUUCUAACUGACCAUGUUCUGAUUAUAACAUUAAAUGGGAUGCUGAAUAACAAAAGGGUGCGUUCGCUUUCAUAACAGCAAGAACACAGGGGAGGAACUGCUAUAGGCGUAGGACUGAGCUGGGAGAUGUUUGACGUUAAACGCUGUGAAAUGGCUCAUUUGACGCCAUAUGUGCUCCCACUGAACUAAAGCUCACACCAAGCGCUGCUAGAGAGCUUAACAUAGAGAGAGAAGAAAAAAAACAAACUCCUUUCAAGAUAAAGUGAAUUUAAAUAGCCACUUUGCGACAGAAUCUAAUGUAUUAAUGUGACUCAGUUCAGACUGCAGUGUGUUUUUGUUGUUCAGUGUCAACUCACACUUGGAUGUAGCUUUAUCUUUAUCACAUGUAAGAGUCAGUCAAAGAAAAUCUAACAAUCAUUCACACAAAUGUCCAUAUUAGUUUAACUGAAAUCUAUUCUGGGAUACAUGUUGAAAUGUCUUAAUGCCUGUUGUUGAAGGAUGUCCUUUUUAAAAAUUAACUGUUAUGUUAUUGUUACUGUUGUUCUGUUUCGUCCAACAUCUUGACUUUACACCCAUGCCUAUUUUUCUAACUGUUCAGUUUUUUGUUCUGAAAGUUAAAUUAAUAUUAGUUUUUUUUUAAACUAUGAUCACUUUGUUCAUUUUUGUGAUUGAUUUGACACUUUAAAUAACUAACAGUUCCGUUUCUCCUUUUGAACUGCUGUUUUGCGUUUUUUAAAAUUGCAUAUUUGUCUGUUUGGAAUUAAGUGAUUGAUAUAUGACUGUUGCUAUUGGGAUUGAUCUGGUUACAGGGUAUCCUUCUAUUGAAUGGACGGGGUGAUUUUACAUUAUGCAAAAAGCUUGAAUAAAAUUUAGCGAUGUACAACAAUUAAAAUUCUUAUUACGUUAA